AUGGCGUCGAACACUUUGGAUGUAUAUGGGAAGGGAACAACAGUAUGGUUUCCUGAUGAAAGAGAAGGUUGGAUAAGCGGUCAGCUGGCCUCAAAAACUGUGGAUGAGGUUAAAAUUUCGCUAUCCUUCGUGACCGAUGAUGGAAAGGAUGUUGUUAUUACAACCACGCUUGAAAAACUUAAACAAAGCAAUUAUGCAGAACUACCUCCUUUACGCAAUCCUCCCGCGCUUGAGGCAGCUGAUGAUCUAACAAGUUUGAGUCAUCUUAAUGAACCAGCAGUCUUGAUUGCCACGAAUCCAUUUUAUCCCGUUUCUUUAUACUCUCAGGAUAUUAUCAAUGCAUAUAGUGGUAAACGUCGUGGUGAAUUAGAGCCUCAUUUGUUCGCCAUCGCCGAAGAUGCUUAUCGAUGUAUGAUUCGAGAAGAGAAGAAUCAAACAAUUGUUGUUUCGGGAGAAAGUGGUGCUGGUAAAACUGCUAGUGCCAAAUUUAUCAUGCGAUAUCUCGCAUCUGCUGAUGACAAGGAAAAAGUACCAGAUUCGAAGAAAAUUAAUGCUGGCGCUUCUGGAAUGAGCAAGGUGGAAGAACAAAUAAUGGCUACCAAUCCUAUCAUGGAAUCUUUUGGUAACGCGAAAACGACAAGAAAUGACAAUAGUUCUCGAUUCGGAAAGUACCUCGAGAUCCAAUUCGACAAUCAACAAAAUAUUAUUGGCGCCAAAAUUAGGACUUAUCUGUUAGAACGUUCGAGAUUAGUGUAUCAACCCGAAAGCGAAAGGAAUUACCAUAUCUUUUACCAGGGAGGUGUGGGCACAAUACCUGGUGUCAACGAUGCACAAGAAUUUGAGAUUACGCAAAAAGGUCUAUCCACAAUUACAGCGAGUCGAAAUUAUGCAAUGAUUUCGGAAGAUGAUGCUGCCUUAAAGAUUGCCACAAAUUUACUUGGCAUAAAAUCGGCUGAGUUUAGAAAGUGGAUAGUAAAAAAACAAAUUAUUGCUAGAACCGAAAAGAUCAUUACAGAUUUAAAUCAACAGGCUGCCACAGUCGUCAGAGAUUCCGUCGCAAAAUAUGUUUACGCAAACUUAUUUGAUUGGCUAGUUAGCGUGAUUAAUGAAAGUCUGUCCGUCGACGAAGCUAUCCAAAGCGCAAAGAGUUUUAUUGGUGUUCUUGAUAUUUAUGGGUUCGAGCAUUUCAAGAAGAAUUCCUUUGAACAAUUUUGUAUUAAUUAUGCAAAUGAAAAGUUGCAACAACAAUUUAAUCAACACGUCUUCAAAUUGGAACAAGAGGAAUAUGUGCGCGAGAAAAUCAACUGGACAUUUAUUGACUUCAGCGAUAAUCAGCCGUGCAUUGACUUAAUCGAAGGAAAGAUAGGAAUCCUAUCUCUUUUGGACGAGGAAAGUCGUUUACCAGCUGGUACCGAUGACUCUUUAUGCAAUAAGCUUUACCAAAACUUUAAGAGUCCACCACACAGCAAAUAUUUCCAGAAACCAAAGUUUUCCAAUACCGCAUUUACCAUCAACCAUUAUGCUAAUGCGGUCACUUAUGAAGUUGAAAAUUUCUUGGAAAAAAACCGGGACACUGUACCCGAUGAACAUUUAAACUUGCUAAGGAGCACAGAGUUUGAAUUUUUGGAAGAAGUUUUGAAUAAAAGUGUCCCUGCAGCGUCACCGACCAAGACCGAUACGAAACGCAUUAGUAUGUCCUCGAAAAAGCCCACAUUGGGUUCAAUUUUCAAGGAAUGGUGUCCGGAUCCUAAAAAACUUUGCGGCAUCAUCCUUGAAGUGUCAAUUAAGGAUCCUGAUAAGUUCCAAAUCGGAAUUACCAAACUCUUCUUCCGCGCUGGCAUGGUUGCAUAUUUGGAAAAGCUUCGUCUCGAUAGAUUGAACGAAUGCGUGACUUUAAUGCAAAAAAAUAUGCUUCGUCAUAUGUAUCGGAAGAGAUACGAAAUGCUAAAAGCUACUACCGUAAAAUUACAAUCCUUAAUCAGGAAGGGUAUCUCGAUGCGAGAACUUCAGCGACUUCGCGAGGACAGGGCUGCUGUCACGAUUCAAAAGUAUUGGAAGAGAGAUAUUCAACGGAAGCGUUACUUGCGUCUAUUAAACUGCGUUCGCAAACUCCAAGUUGCUAUACGCUGCGUUAUCGCGAAAAAUAAAUUCAAUGAGCUUUCGAGAGAUGCGUCUGCGACUAAAAUUCAAGCGGCAUAUCGCGGAUGGUUGUGUCGCCGUGAUUACAAGAAGACCAUGAGACACAUUGUAUUUAUUCAGUCAUGCCUCCGUCGUCGGUUGGCAAGAGCUGAACUCAAGAAAUUGAAGAUCGAAGCUCGCUCCGCUAGCCACUUUAAAGAGGUAUCUUAUAAACUUGAAAAUAAGGUUAUCGAGCUCACCCAAAACUUGGAGCAAAAGAACUCGGAGAAUAAGACCUUGGAGACGAGAAUAUUAACUUUAGAAGGGCAAAUCAGAACAUGGACUGAAAAAUAUGAGAAAUUGGAAACUGACAGUAAAAACUUCAAAGCGGAGACAAGACAGGCAACCAUCUCUAUAGACGAAUUCAAGUCUAUACAAUCGGAGAAAGAAUCCCUUGAAUCUCGCUAUCGUACUUCUCUUGAAAAUAUUAAGAAACAAGACAGCGAGAUCAAGCGUCUUACGGAAGAAAUUAACAAAAAGGAUGAUGAGGUUUCCAGACUUCGUGCAAGUGCGGAUAAAUGGAAGGGUGCCGAAGAUCCGGCUACUGUUCUUGCGUUGAAACAAGAGAUCACUUCGCUGAGGGAACAACUUACAAAGGUUAAGAGCAACGCGAGUAACGCUACGCCUCCAAGCUCUCAGCACCGCCAAGAAAAUGGAUUCCUGACGGCAGCGGCUGGCACGUCCAACACACUUAAACCACCACAGAAACGAAGGCCCAGGCGACACAGUUCUGCCGAUUCCUUGGUGCCAAAUGAAAUUAGGCGUAAGCCUAAAAUGUUUGUCGAUCCGACGGAAGCAAGGUCAAAGCCCGGUUUAAGACCAGCAUCAGCUUCUUACACCCAAAUGACUGUUCCGAAGAUCAGAUCACCAGGCGGAAGAGUUGUUUUAAGCGGGAUAGAUGAUGAUCCCGAAGAAGAGAUGAUGAAAUUGCUCGAGGAUGAUGAAAUUCUAGACGAAGAAGUUAUUAAUGGCCUAAUCAAAUCAUUAAAGAUACCGCUCCCAAGUUUACAAAAUCCACCGUCUCCGAAAGAAAUAUUAUUCCCCUCUCGGCUAAUCAGUCUUUUAGCAAAGCAAAUGUGGAAAUUUGGUUUCAUAAAAGAAUCGGAAAGACUGUUUGCGAAUGUAAUGAAGACUAUUCAAGAACAUGUCAUGGAUUGUGAAGGUGAUGAUGCAAUUCUUCCGGGAGCGUAUUGGCUCUCUAAUGUUCACGAACUGCUGUCGUUCGCGAAUUCUGCCGAGAAAGAUAUGCUUCAUGGGUUGAAUCCGGCCAACUCCAGUAGUAAAAACUUUGAAUGGCACGAUUACGAAAGGCUUGUAUCCAUUGUGAAACAUGAUUUGGAAAGUUUGGAGUACAAUGUAUAUCACACCUGGAUGAAAGAACUCAAGAAGAGAUUGUUCAAGAUGAUUAUUCCCGCGGUGGUUGAGAGUCAAUCGCUACCUGGAUUUGUGACGAAUGAAAAUAAUCGAUUUCUUACAAAGUUUUUAAACGGCCCUGCGAACCCUGCAUUCAACAUGGAUGACCUCUUAAAUUUCUUGAACAAAGUUUGGAAGGCGAUGAAGUCGUAUUAUGUGGAAAUGUCGGUUAUUCAGCAAGUGGUUACAGAAUUGUUAAAACUUAUUGGAGUCACAUCGUUUAACGACUUGCUGAUGAGUCAUGAGAUUCCGGAGGGAACACUUCAAUUGGAACACUUGAUGCAAGCUACGAAGCUUCUGCAACUCAAGAAGUCAUCGCUAGGAGAUAUUGAAAUCAUUUAUGAUGUCUGUUGGAUGUUGACCCCAACUCAGAUUCAAAAACUUAUAAGCCAUUAUUUCGUCGCGGAUUAUGAGAAUCCAAUCAGUCCCGAAAUUUUAAAGGCAGUCGCACAUCGGGUUGUUGAUAAGAAUGAUAUCUUAUUACUUGACACAACACCGUUGGAAGAUUCGGGUCCAUUCGAGUUAGAAUUAAAGUGCUUGUGUCUUUUAACAGCCAUACGUGAUUGGGUAUUGAUCCCAAUCAUGAUAGUAAUGGUCCUAGUCGGUAUAUUUAGAGAUCAAGUUACAGUACUAUUAGGCGGAAUCCCAAAGAAACCCGUCCUAAAGGCAAUAAGAGAAACGAAAGUUUUAACGCGUGGUGCCACAUUAAGAAGUUAUGGAAAUCACAUUCCCCCAUCAUCUUUCUUCAAUAGAAAAAAUUACUUAACGAGCGCGUAUGAAAAAGGCGAUUACUUAAAAAAUCCGGCAGCCAUGAAUCAAGUAGUGAAUCCAAUGACUGAUCCUCAAGGGAUGGAGAUGAUGAUGGAAGGAAUGAAGAAGAAUUUUGCAAUGAUUGUACCACAAACAAUUAUCAUGGGUUGGUCCAUGCUUCAACGUGGUGUCGAAACUUCUGACAUGGAUGUUACCUGGGUUUCAUCCUUAUCAUGGUACUUUCUUAACCUUUUUGGUUUAAGAAGUAUAUUUGCCUUGCUUCUAGGCGAAGAUAAUGCAGCAGACGGUAUGAGAGAUAUGACUGCGAUGUCACAAAUGGGCGCUUCAGCUGCGGGUCAGCCACAAAAUUAUCAUAAGCUUCACCUCGCAGAAAAAGAAAAUCUUGAAUUAACGCCACAUGUAUGGGAAUUGGAAGAAGUAGAAUAUAGACUUUUAGUUCAAUAUGGUAAAAGGGAAAGUGGUUCGAGUUCAGCAUAUGAUGAAAGAAAUGCGGAGCCGUCAUCUGCAUCUGAGCAUAAAAGCAGAAACCGCAAGAAGGGUGGCAAACGAGAUUGA